ACGGACCUACACUCCCUGCCAUCUGCUCACAAGAAAGCGGCGAGGUGCUGAUGCCAUGGCUCGUCGGUGUUGGCAGCGUUAUAGUUGUAGUGGCAGCAGUGGUGGCAGUUGUGACAAUGAUACGCACAAGCCAACGAGGUUAAGUUCCCCAAGAGCCAAGCAGGGCCAGGAUGCCAGCUCCGUCAGAGGUACUUCACUCGACAGGCCCAAGAGUUUGAUGUACAUAAGCAACAGCAGCUUAUAUGAACCUUUUGACGACACAGGUUUGAGGAGGCAACAAGGGCAGGGUGACAGACUUCUCAGUGGCUCUCCACCUCCAGGAACCGAUGGAGCAGUGUACGUAAUCACCAACAGCCUGUAUGAACCGUUUUGCGCCCUCACUGACAAAGAUACUAAAUACUAGAGAACGAUAAGGACACGCAGGCCAUAUACUCGAAUGUGUGGGAGACCUGACGAUUGGAAGAAUUAGGAGUGAAAGGCAUAACUACGAGAAGACAGCAACAUGACCGCCCCCAAGCCAUCCUCCAGCAACGCCUUUCUCACUAGUUACCACUUUAACAGGUUCAUGCAUCGUGGGUUUGAACUCAGGACUGCUGUUUCAUUACGAGUCACAUCGCUUGUCAAUUACACGGUUCCAUUUUUCGUGUGAACUUUUAUUCAUUUAGUUUUUUUUAUUACAGACGUAUUUAGUAAUAUAAUGUAAUUAGUCUUAACAAGAGCAUGGCAAAUUCGACAGAAUCAUGGUUGAGGGUACGAGUGCAGGUGUUAUCGUUGCGUAUGUACAGAGACGCAAUAUCCAGUUAUGGGCUGAAAUUAAGGAGAGAGAUAGUAGGAGGGAACAAAAGAGAAUGUCAUGAAGACACCGCCACCACCAUCAUCGGGCAUUACUAAUCCACUGCACGACAACAGCUAUUCCCAACUCCCUUUCCCUCCUCUGCUUCCUUUACCUCUCAGAUUUUUUAAUAUGUGUUCCUGCUCCGGCAGAUGUUCGACCUUCAAAUCUCCAUCUGAUUCCGUCUGCCCUGACUUUCACAAUUUCUGGGAUCAAAUUCUUGUAGUUCGGUUGUUCAUGUUUACAGUUCUAUGCCGAAAUGAUCCUUCCCACAUCUAUUUCUUGUUCUCAAUCGUCUUUAGAAUAUUUUUAAUUUUGUUUCCUAGUCCAUUAUGGUUGUUACCGAUCUUCGUGGUAUGCUCAUACAUAUUCUAUCAAUUUUUUAUAGUGGAAAUAUAAUUUUUCUCUCGAGCUCUUGCGCAACGCUAUGCUACUGAAGUGUAUGUUUGGAAUGGCAGUAUUACUACACACCCUUCUCUUCAGAAAGUGACAGGUUGCUAUUUAUGAUAAAAGUAUAUUUCCAGUUUCCUCCAAUUCCAAUCCAGAUUCCAAUUUUGGCACGCAGACUACUUUUCAUUAAUUAAUUAUCAUAGAUCAUGUGAUCAUUUCCUAUACUACAUCAAGUGUCCUGUUGCUGAUCAUUAUUUGUUAUCCUGCCAAACGAUUAUUAAUAUUACUUUAAUUUUCUUCAUAAUUAUUGUCGUACCUACUGUGAAGUUACUCGAUCUUUCUUUGCAAGUUUUCCUCAAACUCAGUAAGACUAUGUCGUCUGCAAAUCUGAGGUUAUAAAGUUAUUCUUCAUUUAUCAUGCUUUAUAUGUCUUCCCAAUUUAAUUUCUUAAAUGUUUCUAAGCAAGCCGUUCAUGAUUUUUGGAGAUGGUGCCAAACACUUUUCAUAAGAAAUUUCUCCGGUUUCUUAUGGAGUUCAAUUUCAAUGGUUGCCGUGCUGCUUCACCGCACACUUUUACGGACGGUUCAUCUACGCUCUGCCUAAUGAGUGUCUGCAUAACUACUGAAGGAGGAACCGAUUCAUUUUUUUGUAUAUACAAUAAAAGCCAUGAAUAGUGGCCAAUUUUUUUCUAAGACUUUGUUGCCAACGUGAAUAUGUUCUACUGUUGAGUAUUCACUAGGGGGUAUUCUCUUGGGUGAUUGGAUAAAGAGUUGUAACUCUGUUUGUGAUUAUUUUAGUGAAAAGUUGGAAAUUUACGGGGAUUCAACUUAUGGGGGACUUUCCAAACUCCUAGUAAGUAGGAGGUAGGUCUGUGCCAUCCAGUCAUACGGUAUGGAGACGGAAAUGCACAACCUCUCAUUUCUUUCUCUGGGUUUAUGAGGCUAGUACUACUUGGUCAUACGUAAUGGGAGCAUACUGCAUAAUAGCAUCAUGGGACGCAUACAGCAAUGCUGCAUUUAUUAAAUUUUUCCUAUUUGUCGUUAGAUUUAUAUAUACUUACGUCUUUGUUUUGUGAGUUUAUUAUACAAUGGUGUUCUACAUAUAAUUACAAU